UUUUGAGUGAAGCCGACAGUGAAGCUAUGAGAAUCGGAGCCGGCUAUUAACACACAAGCAACUGUCACCCUAAUGUGCCCCAUCACCAGCCACACAUAGUCACACAAAUGGCGCAGGACUCACCAGACAAUGCGGACGCGUCGGCGGCGGCGCCCAAGAAGGACGGCCAGAAGGUGUACCUCUGGUCCCGGUCAACCCAGGGCCAUGUCGGAGAGGGAGCGCCGGGCUCGGAAACGACGACGACGACCGCAGCCGGAGCUGCACCGAUAACACCGGAGCACCAGCAACCAAAGAAGCUGGACCCAACCAAGUUCCAGGCCAAUUUCCCGCCGCAGGAGGGCGGCGCCCAGCAAGGUUACCCGAGCAUCACCGAGGCCGUCAAGUCCAUCAAGUCGGACGACUUCCUCAAUGUCGUGCAAACGCCCUGCGCGCGGGACGGCUUCCUCACCGGCAUCGCCAGCGGUGCCGGCGUCGGAGGUCUAAGAUAUGUCAUGAGGGGUUCACCCAUCAAAGCGGCAAAUUGGGCCGUCGGAAGUUUCCUCAUAGGCUGCAUUGGGCAAUUCGAGUACUGCCAGUACCUUAGGCGCCAGGAGCGCCACAGGAUGAAGAGGACGGUUGAAGUCUACCAGGAGACCAUGUUGGAAAAGAGGCGCCGCGAGCUGGAUCAGCUCAAGCAGAAGCAGGAGGCCGAGGAGGCGGCUAAGGCAGUGAGCCAGAAAGCCUGGUACAAAUUCUGGUAAACCGUAACCGCGCCCGCUGUCCAUCGAAAACAUCGGGGGGAGGAAGGGAGGCUUCUGAGGAUAUCUGCAUCCCAGUGUAUCAAUAUUCUUUCCCGUUGCACAAAAGCACCAGCGGCGUCGGUCCCGAUGCGUGCAGUGAGGAAAGACUGUAUCAUCUUCGUCCGUUCCAGUCUGGGGUAUAAAAGAAAGACUAUUUAAAUCAUCCUGUCGCCCCUGGUUCUCAUAUUCGUUCGUUCCCGUCGUGGCUCUUCUGCGUUGAAAAAUUGAUAAGAAAGCCCUCCUUGCCACCAUCCAAAUGACAAUCGCAUUGUGAAAGCCUCAAUUGCAGAGAUGGAUGCAACCUUGCCUUGCGUUCCUUAAACGCCAGUGCCCCAAAAACGCCAGUCAACGCCUUCCGCGACUGUACUCUGACCAAGCCAUACAUAAAAGGGGCAAAGAGCAUGCCAUUCACCCGUCGUCUAGCCGAGUUCCCAUAAUUGCCGC